GCAGCCUCAGUCAGGGUGGCGCGCGUGUCCUGCAGACACCUCGUCGAUAGACAAUAGAUAGGUAUUUUACGGUCUUUUGAAGUAGCCAGCUAACAUUUAUCUUUUUCAUUACCGAUUUUGCCACAAUGUCUGUCGGAGUGGAGUCUGGAUUCUCGAGCGAGGAGGUGUUAAACAGCCGCUUCCCGCUCCAUCGAGCCUGCAGGGACGGAGACGUCGGUGCCUUGUGCUCCCUCCUUCGGUGCACCUCGAACCCGGCUGACCUCACUGUUGAGGACACCUUCUACGGCUGGACGCCCAUACACUGGGCCGCACAUUUUGGAAAGCUGGAGUGUGUGAUGAGUCUGGUUCAAGUGGGCUGUGGCGUGAACUCCAUCACCUCCAGGUUCGCCCAGACACCCGUUCACAUUGCUGCCUUUGGGGGCCACCCUGAGUGUUUGUUAUGGCUACUUCAAGCUGGUGCAGAUAUUAACAAACAGGACUAUGUGGGCGAGACGCCCAUCCACAAGGCUGCUCGAGCGGGCAGUCUGGAGUGCAUCAACGCUCUCUUGAUUCAGGGAGCGAAAGCUGACAUGAGGAAUGCCAGUGGGCUGACGGCUGCUGACCUGGCCCACGCACAGGGAUUCCAGGAGUGCGCUCAAAUUCUCGCCAAUGCCCAGAACCUCCAGCAAAGCACGGCCCAGUCCCAUAACAGGGCUUUUCUCAAUGGUAUGAGUCAGAAUGGGGGCCACUCUCUGCCCACCAUCCAGGGCCGCAGCUUCUUGAAUGGUGUGCCGAACAGAAAGAGGUCUUUUGAUGGCAUUGAGGCAAAUCCACUGAAGAAGGCCAGACCUAAUGGAAUGUGCAUGCAGCCUGAGUUUCUGAACGGGAACGGGCCACUAGGUGGCAGCGAAGAGUCUCAGAUGGAGAGCAUGAACAUGGAGACAUCAGCGACUGUAACCUCAGCAUCAGGAGACAGGCACUGUGUGGAUUUUCCUUCAAAUAACCAAACAGCAGGAAUGAUCCUUGAUCAGCACAUCUGCAGUCACUCGCCUGAGAUCAUUAGCACUGCAGGCAGUCAGGUGGAGCACCAGACGUCUGUCAAAGCAGAGCAGAUGUAUGACCACACCUUCUACAGCACCAUGCUGCUUUACCACGGAUCCUAAAGUACAAACCAUGAAGUUGACAGGCUGUCGUUUUCAUUUCAGUUUUUAGCCUCAAUUUCAUUUAGGCCUAAGCAUUUAUUCGCCUUAACGCCACUGAGUGGUCGAGUAUUAUUUUGAAAUGGCUGUUUUACACGACGUGGGCAUUGCUGGGGAUCAAUGGGGAAUUUAUAACUGAAAACUGAGCAGAGUGCAUAUUUUUGUUUUGUUUGAGAAAUGUAUGUUUUUGUUUUGAGUGUGCUGCAAAGGUUCUAACAAUAAAACACUAAAAGCAUCUGUAAGGAAGCACUGCCACACCAUUUUGUUUUCAAGUUGUCAACAAAUUAAGCUCUGAUUCAGUCAGUAUAAACUUAAGUAUUAAAGAACUUUUGCAAAUGGUAAA